UCUUAAAUAUUCUCCAUCCAGUCACACUCCGUUAGAUUACAGUGGUCUUGUUUCGCAGAACAAAUCUACUGAUAAUUUCAUUACAAGGCACGUUUUCUUUCCAUUGGGAAUGUCAUUUUGGAAUGAUUUAUUUUAUUUGAUGAUCUGUUAUAAUUAAUAUUUACCAUCGUAUAAUGUUAGUCCCCGAUACGUGUUGCUUCCCAAUGGAAUAAAUCUAUCGCGUUUCUUUUUACGGAGCACCCAUGAAAUCGGAUGAAUACUUUUACGUCUUUGCGAUCUCUGGGGACACCGGGGAUUGCCACAUGUAAACCACAGCAGCGGUGAGGGAUUCCCUGUUCCAAGGAAUGUGACCCUUCGCAUCUGAAUGCGUGUCUUCGGUAUCGCCGCUUCCCUGCUUUGCUUUUUGCGCUCGAGAGGAAAGUUGCGUCUGUCCCGGUGCGUAGGAGAAUUCUGCGCCAUACUCCAGAAAAUACUGUCCUUCCUCCAUGGGACUUAAACCCAGAACAUCUCUCUUCUUUGGGAUACUCUGUACUAGAGAUUGUUUUUUUAAUCAAUUCUUAUUUCCUCUGUCUUUGGAUCAGGAUUACAGUCUGAUAACCUCCCUGCAUCCUGUAGGCGACUUUUAAAUUUGGUUUUGGCCAAAGCAGUAAUGGGGGGCUUGUGGAAGUAUUAUUUUGGAGUUUUCGUGAUUUCGUACAAGAUAAACCUGGCAAGUGCAGUAAUUUUAGAGUCUAUCUAUUGGAAUACAACGAACACCAAGUUUGUUGCCGGACAGGGCAUGGUGCUGUACCCCCAGAUCGGGGACAAGAUGGACAUUGUGUGCCCACGUGUUGAGGGUUGGGAGGGUGAGGGGGCAGAGUUCUACAAGCUGUAUAUGGUUCAGAGAGCACAGUUGGAGAGCUGCACCAUCACCAAAGCCGACACGCCGCUGCUGAACUGCGUGAAGCCUGAACAGGACGUCAAGUUCACACUCAAGUUUCAAGAGUUCAGUCCCAACCUGUGGGGUCUCGAGUUCUUUAGAGGCAAAGAUUAUUACAUCAUCUCCACAUCUAAUGGCUCCCUGGAAGGACUGGAGAACCAGGAAGGAGGUGUGUGCAAGACCAAAUCUAUGAAGAUCGUCAUGAAAGUUGGCCAAAGUCCCAGUUAUCCAGUUUCAUCCAAAGAUUAUCCUACCAGACAUCCGCCCCGGUACCGAGAGGGACUGGGGAAGGUCUCUCACAAGAAGCUGAAUGAUUCAGUGGAGAAGCACGGGGCUUCGCAGCAGGAAGGUGAGACCAGUGGAAAGGGUGGCAGGUCGACCAGUGUCAUUGGCUCUGAGGUGGCACUGUUUGUAGGUGCUGUAUCUGGCAGCGUGAUCUUCAUCAUCAUCAUCGUCACCCUGGUGGUGGUGCUGCUGAAAUAUCGGCAAAGGCACCAUAAGCAUCCACCCCAGCACACCGUCACUAUGUCACUUAGAUCCCUGGCAACACCCAAGCGUGGCAACGGUGGUCAUAGCAAUGGCUCCGAGCUGAGUGACAUCAUCAUUCCACUCAGGACUGCUGACAGCAUCUUCUGCCCACAUUAUGAGAAGGUGAGCGGUGACUAUGGCCACCCUGUUUACAUUGUUCAAGAGAUAGCCCCCCAGAGCCCCACUAAUAUCUACUAUAAAGUGUGAGCUCCACCAGACUGAGCGUUUGAUUUUUAAAGAUUAUUAUUGUGGGACUCAUAAUUGUCAAGACACUGGAAGACUGGCACGUUGUUGCCAUUGCCGGAGCUCCUUCCUGGUACGACCUGUCAUGCUAAGAAUGCCGAAUGUUACCCUUGGCUUGGACACUGACCUGUGAAGCACAGAUGAGUGAAGGACUGUGAAAGGUGCAUUUCACUCUGGGAAUAUCCUUCAAACACAACGUUUGCCUAGGAUGUAAAAACAGAGAAAUGCAAUAGAGGAAUGGGUAAUCAUUUACUAAUUUUAAUAACAGUUGGUCUUUGGUUGAUCAUUUGACGCUUUCUAGAGAUGAUCCGGAGAGGAAUUGUGGGGAGAAAACAAGUUAUAGAGACACUGAAGUGGGAGUCCCAAUGUUUGUGCCUAUCUCAUGAAUGUAUUUCACUCAUUAACAGUUAGUGCAAUGCUCGUCAGAUUGAAGUUCUGUUUCCUUUCUGUUUGCUGCCUUUAUAUUGACUCUAACAACAUGCAGAGUGCGAAUGUUCUCCCUGUGUUCUCCUUGUGUUCUCCCUCUGUUCUCUCUGUGUUCUCCCCGUGUUCUCCCUCUGUUCUCUCUGUGUUCUCCCUCUGUUCUCCCUGUGUUCUCCCUCUGUUCUCCCCGUGUUCUCCCUCUGUUCUCUCUGUGUUCUCCCUCUGUUCUCCCUGUGUUCUCCCUCUGUUCUCCCUGUGUUCUCUUUCUGUUCUCCCUGUGUUCUCCCUGUGUUCUCCCUCUGUUCUCCAUGUGUUCUCCCUCUGUUCUCUGGUUUCUCCCCCACAGUCCAAAGAUGUAGAAUUGGGCUAAUUGAUGUCUCUAAAUUGCCCGUAGUGUGUGAUUAUAUGUGGGUGUUUGUGCCAUGCGAUGCACUGGUAUCCUGUCCAGGGUGUACCCCAGCCUUGUACCCUAUGCUGCUAGGGAACGGAUCCACCCUCCACCAUAAGGGCAAAGGCUCCACCCUUCGCUAUAAUGGAAAGGCCCCAUCCUCCACCAUAAUGGGAUAAGUGAUUAGAAGGUGGAUGGAUUAUAUAACCAUUCAUUUAGUCUUUACAAGUCGACAUUUAUUCACUUUCGUUUCAGCACUUUCCAUUGAAGAUUUCUGUAAUUAAACCCUAUUGAGGAGAGGGUUAGAAGCUUAGAGAGAAGAUUCACAUGGAAGGGGAGAGAGUAAAAGACUGGAGAAUUAUCAAUGCAGGAAAAACCUGGAAGAAUGAAGAAGUGCACUCAUACAGUAUCUCUAUGAUUGUGAGUUACAGGAUAUUACUUUGUGAGAAUUUGGGCAUUUUUAUUUCUGUUGUAUUGUCACAGUCGAUUUUGGGUCUCGUAUCAGGCCAGGAAACGAUAUGAUCCAGGUUUUGGGCUGGUAUCAGCCCAUCCUUGUGCCCUGUACCCACAAAGAGAAAUAUAGUGCGAAAUCAGCAGAGCAACCUCAAUCACAUCGAGUUUCGUACGGUCUGAGUGAACUUCCCUCUAAAGGAUCUUCCCUGAUGGAGAAAAUAAUUGAGUUCAAGAGUCAUACAAUAAGAAGUUUCCUUCCUUUCACUGAAUUUCAUUUCAGAUAUUAGAACCCUGGUAAGAAAGGAAAGCUGCCGCAGGAAGUUAGUUUAGCGCACGGUUCUGUGCUGUGUGGUCAAACACAGGUAACCUGGCCUUUCAAUAUAGUCACUCCUUUGAUUUUGAUACGUCGUAGAGGGUAAAGGAAGACGCAAACAAAUCUAAUGAAUUUAUUUAAGAUUUAGAGAGCACUUUUUUAUCUGAAUAGGUAAAGUAUAAAUAAUGCAUUGUGGUCUUGCUCUGUGUCCCUGUGAAUUUUCAUAGCGUAUCCCCACAGACACUAAGCUGCCUGUUUACAACCACAGGGCCGGUGAUGGAAGGGUUCAGGUGCUGUGGGAGUUUCUGUAAGUGCUUCAAAACCAAACAAUGUCAGUAGCUUCUCUCAUCCAGUCAGGGGCUCCGAACUGGUGGUGUUGCAGACUAGCUGGAUCCAUCCAUUGUCAAGCUUAUUCCACUCUACUGUAGCAAUUCCCAAGCGAUUGUGGGACAGAUUCCACUCUGGGAAUUUGUUUAGGCGAGGGCAUGGGCGUGUGUUUGUAUACCUUCUCUUCAAGCAGAUUCCUUAUUUUUAUAUGAAUUAUUUCCCUUUUUAUUCCAUUCAUGGUUUCACACCACCUAAUUCACAGAUGUCGUAAAAACAGUAUAUGGAGAAACUGCGGAAAUCACAUCGGUGAACAACUUUCCAGCAUUCGCUUGGAAUGGUUUACAUCAUAUAGCUGAACGGUCACUCUGUCACUCUAUAUCAAUAUACUAAGAAGGUGGGCCUUGGGUAACUAGUUUGCUGCUCUGAGGCCAAAUUUCUGCAAAUAUGCAAUUUUUUUUAAACAAUAUUCUGUACCCAAGUAAGUGUUCUUAAACCAUUGUUAAUAAGCUUAACAUAUGAUUAUACUCUUUCAACCUGCUGUUUAGCUUUAGUGAAAUUUUUAUCAUUCACUACAUUCAAUAAUUUGAUUAUGUGCCAUAACUUUAAGUAAACUGUGAAACAAUUUUAAACCAUUUUUUUAUAUGUAUAUUUAAUGCCACAACAUUUCUUCAAAAUUGCCAAUUUUUUUGGCAGAAUAUGACAAUCUUGUUAGUUUCUUUACAUCUGAAGUCCUUACCCAACUAAUACAUAAUAUUCUCCGACCAUUAAGGGCCAUUAUAUAGCAUUCAUUCAUGAAAUAUUGCCGUGAUGUUAUGCUUUAGUUGGGAUUUGCUUCUUCAGACUACUGUGGGAUGCUGUGCUUAUAUGGCUAGUGCAGGUCUGAACUCUGCACCAUGCAGUAUUUAAGAAACUGUAUGUACAUGUGUGCAUCAUAUCUAUAUCUAUAUGUGAUAUAUAGAUAUAAUCUAUAUGAAAUAUGAAUUAUGACAGCCUUAUUAAAGUUUAUAGAACACUAAAGAGGAACAAACAAUAUACAUAACAGUAUGUAAGAGUCCACUUUUUAGGAAGCAGGCUGUGUAAAUAUUUAAGACAUUGCCGAAAAAUGUUUUUAAGAUUCUUUUGUAAAAAUGACAGUUUUUUUGUGAUGUAUUUUCACUAGAUUCUCCCCUGUCCCUUUGCAUUGUUUCAUGGAAAUUCUUUAAAAAUAGUAAAUAAAAAAGAAACCUUUGUCAGGCUGACUGUUGCAUACUUGUGCCAUGGUUGUGGUGCUUAUUUGUUUAAUUUUGUUACAUAAUGGUAUGAAACAGCUGUACAUUCUUGUGCUUGUUUUGUACAAUCUGUUCUUUGCAGUUUUUUCCCUUCAGUUCAGAGGCCAGGCUGUGCAACAUUUAAACAACAAAUAAAUAAAAAUUCCGCACUUUCCUGUUACAGACGUCCCAAUAA